CGUACCAUGGUCGCUGGAAAUGAAAUGGACGCUGGUGAAAUACGAAUGACAUACUGAUGUUCCGUAUUUUGUUAUUGUCUCAUGGAGACCCGUGAAUAUGGCUUUAAUUUUGACUGGCUGCAGAUAACACUUUGCUGAUCAUCUUCAAUCCACUAGGGGCAGACCACUUCCUGUGCUUCAAGUUCAAAGGACGCUGUGCUUGGCGCGUAGCUGACUUUCAAUGGAGCUACAGUGCGUUUGGGGGAAGGCAGGGGACGAGGCGUUGUCAACGAAAAGUUGUCCUAUAUACAAGCGUCCUCGGUCCCCUUCUCCUCCCCUAUCACUUUCACAAGGUGAUGCAUGUUCUCCUGCGGCCGUGGUAAGCACCGCUGAGGCGGUCAUCAUGCCAGUCCGUAUUGACUGCUAUCCCAGCUCGACAGAGGCCUGUAUGGCCUCGGUCUCGCUCAACCCACCACCGCCGAUCAACACACACCAGCCAGGCGUGACCACUUCGCUCCUCUACAGUGGCUCAGAGUUUCAGGGAUAUCAGAAGAGCAAAGGCAACUCCUAUGACGUGGAGGUAGUUCUACAGCAUGUGACUAUAGAGGAUUCCUACCUCUGUGGAUAUCUGAAGAUCAAAGGUCUGACUGAGGAAUACCCAACGCUUACCACAUUCUUUUCUGGAGAGAUCAUCAGCAGGAAGUGCCCCUUUCUAACCAGGAAGUGGGAUGCUGAUGAAGAUGUGGACCGUAAGCACUGGGGCAAGUUCCAUGCUUUCUACAAGUAUGCCAAGACAUUCAACUCCGAUGACUUUGACUAUGAAGAGCUGAAGAACAGUGAUUUUGUUUUUAUGCGCUGGAAGGAGCAGUUCUUGGUGCCGGACCACACGAUUAAGGACAUAAGCGGUGCGUCCUUUGCUGGCUUUUACUACAUCUGCUUUCAGAAGUCAACAGCUACCAUAGAAGGCUACUACUAUCACCGCAGCUCAGAAUGGUACCAGUCCCUGAACCUUGCUCAUCUCCGCCAGCGCAGUAUGCCCAUUUAUGAAUUUCGGUGACACAUGGUUGUCUCAUGGGACUUAAUGCGGCGGUGGUGCCAGUGUCCAGUAGGAGCCGUUGGGUGUAAGAAGAAAUCCAGGUGCCGGGGGUUUUGGGUCGGGUAAAGGUGUCGGCACAGGGACGCAGCUGUGCUCCCCAGAUCUGGACCAGACUGGACAAACGUGUACCUCGAGUGGAAUAGUGAGAGGAUUGUGAAAAGGGGACGCCCUGGCUCUGGCUUGCCUGCAGCUGGGGUUUUCAAGAUUUCCUUUUGACCUUUUUGCCCUCCCUCUGCUCCAAGUUUGGUGUUUUAGCCUCUUGUUACUUCCAGCAUUUUUACCAUUUUCUUUGUUUUGAUUUUUAAAACUGGAUGGAAAGAGGCAAGAUGGAAGCUUUCGCUUAGUACUCAGAUGACUUGUCUUGAACAGGUGGGCACAGUGUACCACUUGUAUCAUGGUUGAAUGUGAAAGAAAGAAAAGAAUUUGUAUUUUUAAUAUAUUUUAUAAAUAGUUUAUAUAUUGCAUAUAAUAAAAAGUUUAUCCGGCAGUUGGAUUUAAGCCUGAGAGGGUACCAAGUUACAAGUAAAAGCAGCAGGGGUUAUGAGGUUUCGGGGAACGUAUGAAUCUUAAGAAAAUAUGAAAUAUGUUACUACCAACACACCUUAGCCAUCAGCUGUCUUCUACUGCAAACAUAACAUGCAAUAUUAUGUCUUGUCAGCUGUUGUGUUUUAAGCCCAAUUCAUAUGGAUGAUGGCAAUCAGAGAGACUGUGAAUAUAUUUAUGUGUGUGUGUGUGUGUGUGUGUGUGUGUGUGUGUUCUGAACGUUGGGGGGAAAUGGUGCAAAGGAAAGGACUCAGGAACUUCAUGGUUGUGUUCAUGUUACUCAUACCACAUUCUUCUAUGCAACCAGGAAUCUUGGAAACCGAAGUUGUCAUUAACCCAGAACAAUUUAACAGAAUAUUGGUUUGACUGUCGCAACCACACAUGUUGAUAAAUGUGAACCUAGAAUAUGUUUAAAUUAAGACUGGGGUUAAAAACAAAAAUCACAGCACUUUUUUAAAAGCCCUCAACUCUUUCUGGAGAUAAAAAAUCUGAGGCAAAAAGCUAGACUGUAGUGGUACAGUCAGAUAAGAGAGGACUGAAUGUGUUUGAAUGUUCCCAUGUGGCUCAGCUGGCCCUUAGUCCUCAAAGAUGGAGACCCUCUCCCUCUACAGGUGAAGGCAGGAGAGUUUGUCUGUACCAAUCGCCAUUAGGGGGUGUACAAUUAUUAAGUGUGUUUUUGAGUGGAAGAAUGGACGAGCAAUGACCUCAUUUGCGUAUAUUGUCUGUCGCAACGCACAGCAGUCCCAUAGUUCACAUGUGCCUAGGGGUGAGUGGUGCAUUGGUGCUCACGGUGUCUGAGGAGGACUCUAAGGGGGUGGUUGUUUCAGACAAAAUGUUUGUAUAAUAACUAAAUAAAUACUGUUUUAACAACCUA